CACACUUGCCCUUCGUCUUUAAACUUCUAGGACGAAGGGCAAGUGUGAAAAGAUAAAGCGAUACAUGCAUCCAUACAUGUAAAUUACCUUUGAUGGGAUAAAGCGCUUCCGGAGGUCGACCAAAGCCGUCGCCGUGCAUCACUGUGCAACCGGCCAAUAGCAGUCGCUUGGUAUCGUCGUCUGAGGUCACAUCGCGACGGAGGCUGACUACAAAGUGCUUCAUGCUUACAUCACUCCAGCAGCUCGUUUAAAUUCGUAGCCUCUCGCGGCAAUACAGCAGAAUUCAAGAGCUCCAUUCGCACGGCCCGAAACACAGUGGUGAUACAGUACCUGUAGCAGUCAUCUCAGCAGCAAAUUGCCAGCCCAUUUUGCAUGCAAGUCUCGGUGUGGGACAUCGGCAAAUUCCGAAUUGUCUGAAUGCCGUGACUAGCGCACAAGAUCAAGACAACCUGAUAACAAAGGAAGCGCUGUACUUCAAUCGACCAGCGCGUCAUACCGUCGGGAGAUCUGUUCAUUGGCCACAGGUAACGUGUCCGCAUGUGCGCAAAGCACUCCGUGUGACGUCUAUCGUACACCACCGCUCUCACCUUGGCCCCACCAAGCUGCAAGGACGGCAAGCUCAUUUUUGCUUUUGCACCCUACAAUUCUGUCGCUGCCAUUCAGUCUUCUCUCGCUCGUCCGGGUCCACGUAGCCGAGAGACUGUAGCGACGCCAUGGCGCACAUCCAAGAAGUCGAUCUGGAGAAGAACUCUGCCAAUUCUUACUUUCAAUUCGAUACCGACGCUGACGUCCUCGUCGAGUACGAGAAUGGAGACACCUGGUAUGCACGCGCACAGCGGUGGGCUGAGAAAAACUACAUGGAGCCUCGCAGCAUCGAACGCGUCCCCGAGGACGAGCGUUACGAUACAUCCCUUGUCAACGUGUGCACUAUGUGGUUGUCACCAAACAUGGUCAUGGGUCACUUUGCGGUAGGAAUCCUGGGCAAAGCCAUCUACGGAAUGGGCGUCAUAGACUCGAUGCUGGUGAUUCUUUUCGCAAACUUACUUGGAGUCUUCCCAGUGUGCUUCUUCUCGUGCUUCGGACCAGUGUUCGGACUGCGUCAAAUGAUCCUCGGUCGCUUCUGGUUCGGCUCGUAUGGGAUUCGUGUAGUAUCUGCGAUUGCCUGUGUUUCUGGACUGGGUUGGGCUACAGUGAACGUGAUCGUUGGUGCUGAAUUGAUCCAUGCAGCUAACAACGAUGUCCCUGGUUGGGCUGGAAUCAUCAUCAUCGCGUUCUGCACGUUCCUCAUCACCCUCUUCGGAUACAAAGUCGUUCACUACUAUGAACGAUACUCGUGGAUCCCAAAUUUCAUCGUGUACUUGAUUCUGUUGGGUACUUUUAUUCAUUCUGGGGCGUAUGUUCACAUUCCGAUGGGGAGUGGAAGUGCAGAGGUGUCAGGAGCGUUGAGUUUCUUCUCUGUCGUGUUCGGAACGGCCAUUAGUUGGAGUUCUAUGGCGGCAGACUACACAGUUUACCACCCGCCGACCGAGAGCAAACGCAAGAUUUUCUUCGCCACUUGGCUGGGAUUGAUCUUCCCUUCAGUCUUCACCGAGUGGAUCUCUGUUAUCAUCAUGUCGGCAACGGGACUCGACCCAACUGCCACGGAUAACAUCUAUCUGAACGGCUACAACGAUUCCGGUGCUGGAGGAUUGAUCGGUGCCGUGUUGAUUCCUCAUCUGGGAGACUUUGGACGCUUCUGCUUGGUUAUCAUGGCGCUGUCAACAGUUGCAAACAACUGCCCGAAUGUGUAUUCAUUCACGCUCAAUAUCAAGGUGAUCGGUCGUUGGACUCGUGUGGUGCCGCGAUUCCUUUGGGCACUCAUCGGUGCGAUAGUGUACGCGAUUAUCGCUAUUGAGGGUUAUUCGCACUUCGAGUCGGUACUCAACAACUUUAUGAACUUCAUCGCGUACUGGGCAACAAUCUACGUCUCUGUUGCGUUGACUGAACAUUUCGUCUUUCGACGAGGCUUCCGUGGUUACAACGUUGACGACUACAACGCCAAGAGUAUGCUUCCGAUCGGCAUUGCGGCUAUUUUCUCGUUCCUGUGUGGUUGUGCGGGUGUGGCGCUGGGUAUGAGUCAGACUUGGUUUGUCGGUCCACUGGCCAGCCACGGCGACAUCGGAUUCGAAUUGGGCUGCAUCUUCACAGUCGUGGCGAUGCUGAUCUCACGUCCACUGGAGCUCCACUUCUUCCAACGCUAAACACUUUUGGCUUGGGUGGGGGAUGGCACGACCACCCGUUGAGCUAGAUCGUCGACUUUAGAUCUAGGUUAGCACUAAAACCGUGUCCAAAUGCAAUCUUUGUCCAGUACGUUCAUUCACUCUGGAUAUACGUGGACAGCGUCAGUAUUCAAGAAGGAUUCUACUCAGUAGAAAAUAUGAGAUUAUCAAAUUGACCACGUAUCAAGCGAUCGAAUAAAAAACAGGC